AAAGCCAGAAAGCUCGCAGCGCGCUGCUAAAUUGCACCCAAAACGUAAACAGAGAAAUUUCUUGCCCGGGAAAAUGUUUCCCACCCUGCUGUAUGGCCGCUGUGUGCGCUUGAAUUGGAAAUCGGUUGUGUUUUUAAUGAUGUCGCUAAUCCUUUCACACAUUCGCAUCACCCAGUCGUCCGUUAAUUCCAACAAUCCUGAGGUUACUCCCACCAAGCUCGAAAAAAUCAGCUCCGACACGGACCGAUCGGCUGUAACCAUCAACUCGAGUUCGAAAUCAUCCUCCGACACUAGCCACUGCCCGAACGAUACGCUCUGCACCGAUCUGCCCAACUCCUGCCUGCAGUGCACGUACAACCCGCAGUGUGUGUACGGGGCGGAGAUUAACGUGACCUGCGUGCCGAAAACGAACGUGCUGUGUCACGCGGACAAGCUGAAGACGGCGGCCCAGAACGAGAUCAGGCGCACGAUGGUGUGCCGGUACUGCUACCAGACGGAGCGCUGGGAGCACGGCUGCGAGCAGAAGGGUGGCUGCAACUCGAUCGACUCGCAGUACAAAACCAACUGCACCGUGCACCCGGAGCUGCUGUGCAUGGGCCAUCGCACCUUCAUGAAGAAGAUCCCGUGCAACUGGACGCAGGGCUACCGGUGGUCGACCACACUCAUCCUGAGCAUCACGAUCGGCGGGUUCGGGGCGGACCGGUUCUUCCUCGGCCACUGGCAGGAGGGCAUCGGGAAGCUGUUCAGCUUCGGCGGGUUGGGCGUGUGGACGCUGAUCGAUGUGCUGCUCAUCUCGCUGCACUACCUCGGCCCGGCCGAUGGUUCACUGUACAUCUGAGAGAAUAGUAGCAGCAGCAGCGGAUGCAACCAGUAGAAGCAAUAAUUGUGAUACAUCAGUGGUGUUAGUAUUAAACACACACACACACACGCUAAGGAAGGAUUAAAAUUUUACGAUUUUUUUAUUGAUUUUUUCUGGGUUUUACAAGUUUCGACAUUGUUUCCGUGUCUUCUGCUCCAAAACACGCUGCUCUCUUCGCUUCUUCGCAGCUUUACACGUUCCAGACCGAGUGAGUGUCGCGGCCGCGGCUUCGAACAACCCGCACAGAGGCGCGCGCGUGUGGUACACACGGUGGCAUCACUUCCCGCCAAGGAAACCAGUUGUUCCCAGUGGGGGGACUAGAGGAUACACACCAGCCAGUACACACAAACACCACCUUGCACACGGUCUGCUCCAGGCCGCGGCACGCACGCACGCACGCACGUGGUCCAAUGAAACGUAAUCGUCAUCUUGCGCGAUGUUUUAUGCAUUUUAGAAGAUGUUGUUAAAUGACGUUCAAAAGAAAAUGUUGAUGUGUUGUUUAAACACAAUCGCCUCUCGGGUUCUUUUCUGUUGUUCCUUUCUCUCUCCUAGCUAGCUUUCGGGGUCUCAUUUGAUGUUCAAUUUGUCUCUCUCUCUCUGUCUCUCUCUCUCUCUACUGAAUCUUAGUUCCUCCAUGGGUUGUGUUCCUCCACUACCGCGUGCCGUAUAUGUGUAUGCUGUGUCGCUGUUGUUCUCUUUAGAGUUAUGUUGUAUCAAUCGUUCACACUACUGUUUUCAUUGCUUAAACAUUAAUAAUAAUGCGCUUCUUGCGUUUCAUUUCAUAUUUUAAGAGGAUGCGUUGAUCCUUAUAGCUUGUAUGUGUAAUUGUUGUUUUGCUUCAUCGAUUUGGUAGCGCUCGUAAUUGUUUCUUUGCAUACCGAUUUUUUUUAACUCCACCACCUGCGCGUCUCGUUC